AUGGUGAGUGAGAAGGAGUCAGAAAGGAGACUUGUGGGAAAAGACAACCGUCUUCAGAUGGAAGCAGAGUCCGUGGAUCAAGUGAUAUCAACAGGACAGUUCAGAAAGAAAUGGGAAGCAAAAGAGAAGCAAAGGAAGGAAUUGGUUGCUUGUCAGGGCAGAGAUAAACCUGAGCUCUUAGCCCAAGAUGAACCAGAGAGGAGAAGGGGAAGGCCUAUUAGUGCCAUAAGUCAGAAAAAGUUCGGCAGCAAAUCUGGUGUUAAAACAUUUGAGAAUGUUACAAAUGGCUGGAAAAAACUAAAGAAACAUCAGAAGAUUCAUAGAGAGGUAAAACUGCAUAAAUGCUUGGAGUGUGGAAAGUGCUUCUCUCAGAAUAAAUACCUAACUAGCCAUCAAAAGGUUCACACAGGGGAGAAGCCAUAUAAAUGCUUGGAGUGUGGAAAGUGCUUUUUUGAGAAGCACUCCCUAACUAAACAUCAACAGGUUCACACAGGGGAGAAGCCAUAUAAAUGCUUGGAGUGUGGAAUGUGCUUCACUCGGAAUUGGAGCCUAACUGUGCACCAAAAGAAUCAUACAGGGGAGAAGCCAUAUAAAUGCUUGGAGUGUGGAAAGUGCUUUUUUCAGAAUCACCACCUAACUGAACAUCAAAAGAGUCAUACAAAGGAAAAGCCAUAUAAAUGCUCGGAGUGUGGAAAAUGCUUCUCUCGGAGACGAAGCCUAACAGAACAUCACAAGAUUCACACAGGGGAGAAGCCAUAUAAAUGCUUGGAGUGUGGAAAGUGCUUUUUUUACAAAAGCAGACUAAAGAAACAUCAGAAGAUUCAUAGAGAGAAUCAUACAGGGGAGAAGCCACAUAAAUGCUUGGAGUGUGGAAAGUGCUUCUCUAUAAUGGGCAGCCUGAAUCAGCAUCAAAGGAUUCACACAGGGGAGAAGCCAUAUAAAUGCUUGGAGUGUGGAAAGUGCUUUUUUCAGAAUCACCACCUAACUGAACAUCAAAAGAGUCAUACAAAGGAAAAGCCAUAUAAAUGCUCGGAGUGUGGAAAAUGCUUCUCUCGGAGAGGAAGCCUAACAGAACAUCACAAGAUUCACACAGGGGAGAAGCCAUAUAAAUGCUUGGAGUGUGGAAAGUGCUUCUGUGCCAAAAACGGUCUAAACGGACAUCAGAAGAUUCAUACAGAGGUAAAAUUGUAUAAAUGCUUACAGUGUGGAAACUCCUUCCGUUACAGUGCAAACCUAACUGCGCAUCAAAAGAUACACACAGGAGUGAAGCCUCAUAAAUGCUUGGAGUGUGGAAAGAGCUUCCGUUAUAGUCGCGACCUCACUAAACAUCAACGGAUUCAUACAGGAGAGAAGCCAUAUAAAUGCUUGGAGUGUGGAAAGUGCUUCUCUUUUAAUGGUGACCUAACUAAACAUAAAAAGAUUCACACAGGGGAGAAGCCAUAUAAAUGUUUGGAGUGCGGAAAAUGUUUCUCUUGGAGUGGAAGCCUAAGUUCACAUCAAAGGAGGCAUACAGGAGAGAAGCCACAUAAAUGUUUGGCGUGUGGAAAGUGCUUCUCUCAGAGUGGUCACUUAAGGAGACAUCAAACGGUUCACACAGGGGAGAAGCCGUAUAAAUGCUUGGAGUGUGGAAAGUGCUUUUUUGAGAAGCGCCGCCUAACUGAACAUCAACAGGUUCACACAGGGGAGAAGCCAUAUAAAUGCUUGGAGUGUGGAAAGUGCUUCUAUCACAAUAGCACCCUAACUGCACAUCGGAAAAUUCAUACAAGGGAGGAACUAUAUAAAUGCUUGGAGUGCGGCAAAUGCUUCUCUCUGAAGUACAGUCUAAUAUCACAUCAAAAGAUUCACACAGGGGAGAAGCCGUACAGAUGCUUGGUGUGUGGAAAGUGCUUCUCUUGGCGUGCUGUUCUGACUAGACACCAAAAAGGUUAUGGGCCCAGACCGGUUCCGCUGUGCAGGGACAGCCUGAGGUCUGUUUGGGAUGCCGAGUUGGAGCCGGAGGUGAAAGCUGAGGAGGAUAGUGCUGCAGAGUUCCAGUUAUCUCUGUCGGAGAGUGACAAGGGGGAAGAUGACAGCCAGCUGUCCUUUGAGGCCGGAGAUAUGGCUCAACAGCUUGCCGUGCUGGUGGAUAAACUGUGA